CAUUUUGCAUUCAUAUAGUACACCUCUCUCUCUCUCUACAGCUCUCUUUCUCUCUCCUCGCUGUGUGCUACUGUUGUCCUCUAGCGUCCAUUAUUAGGCGGCCUCCUGGCGCUGGAUUGAGUGGGCUUGCUUGUUCGCUCGCUGCCUCUCCUCCGUUGCGCUCAUGUGUUGGUGCUUCGCCUGCCUCGGCCUGUCCUGAAUCCUUGGACGCAUACAAGCUCAUCAGGUUGUUUGCUGGAUUCUUUAGUAUCCCAUCAGGCCAAGAAUCCUGCAAGAGCUUUGGAGCCAGAGGGUUGCUGCCUCCGUCUUGGGCGAGGCUUCAAUUUCCUUUGACGAGGCAAGGCGGCGAUGAUGAGCUUCAAGGGCCACGAGGGGCUUGGGCAGGUGGCCGCCGGGAGCCAGGCCUCCCAUGUUGCGGCCGGAGCCCCACUGCCGUGGUGGGCGGGCCCCCAGCUGAUUUACGGCGAGCCGGCACCCCUGUCGCCGGAGGAGACGCGCCGGGACGGCCAUUUCCAGGUCGUGCCGGGGGCUCAGGGCGGCACACCGGAUCCGGCGCCGCCGGCUGCCACCAAGAGAGGGAACCCUGAGGUCCUGAAAUUCUCUGUGUUCCAAGGGAAUCUGGAGUCAGGUGGUAAAGGAGAUAAAAACCCAGAACACUCUACCACUAUUGCGCUGCAGUCACCAUUUCCAGAAUACAAUGGCCGUUUCGAGAUCGGUCUUGGUCAAUCCAUGGUCCCUUCCAAUUAUUCUUGUGAUGACCAGUGCUAUGGUGUGCUUACCACUUAUGGAAUGAGAUCAAUGUCUGGUGGGAGAAUGCUCUUGCCACUGAAUGCCCCAGCCGAUGCACCCAUCUACGUGAAUCCAAAGCAGUACGAAGGUAUCCUCCGUCGCCGCCGCGCGCGCGCCAAGGCCGAGAGGGAGAACAGGCUGGCGAAAGGCAGAAAGCCGUAUCUUCACGAGUCUCGCCACCUCCACGCAAUGCGCCGGGCAAGAGGCUCCGGCGGGCGCUUCGUCAACACGAAGAAAGAAGGGGGCGCGAGUGCGAACGGCGCCAGCAAGACGGUGUCAGCGGCGCCGGCUGCGCGCCUCGCCACGUCUCCCAGCACCGAGCCUCGACGGGUGCCGGGGCUCGGCAAGGGCAGUGACGGCAGCAACCCGCGCUGCCAGUCCCGGAGCAGCGUCUCCAGCCUGUCCGGCUCCGAGGUGUCGAGCAUCUACGACGACCAUGCGAGCCGCCACCAGUACGGCGGCAUGGAGCCGCACCUCCGGGCGCCGUCCUUCUUCACCCCGCUGCCGGCCAUCAUGGACGGCGACCACGGCGGGGCUGCUGCCAUCCCCUCCUUCAAGUGGGCAGCCAGCGACGGCUGCUGCGAGCUCCUCAAGGCGUGAACCGAGGAGGGGAUGACUACUCAGACGGCCGGCCUUCUCCCCGUUGGCUGGCUGUCUGUAGGCAAAUCAUUCUUGGCUGUUCUGCAAUGGGGUGCGAUCCUCCUCAUCACCUAGCUACCUACCCAUGUCCCUGAAACUCAUACGGUGCUGGGUUUCAGGGGUCCUGUGAUGCUGGAGCACCCCCAUAUGCCUGUAACAUAGUGUACCCAAAAGCACUGCUGCUUGGUACUGCUUGUUGAUAGCAGUGUCUCAGUACGGAAUUCUGUGGUGUCAGGUCGAUCAGUGUCUGAAUAAUUGAGGUGUCAGACUUCACAGUUGCUCCAGUUCUUGGAGGUGUGUCUGGGUCUGUUUGAAGCUUUGAGGUCUGAAACUUUGUGCUCGGUGAAGAUACUGUGCUAAUAUGUAAGUCUGGGACCUACGUUCUGUUAUCAUGUCGGUUGUUGCUGUUUGUUU